AUCUGUUGUAAUUUCCUCUUGCUUCACACUCUGCUGACAGUGACGGGUUUGAUAAAAAAACACACAACAAAACAUCAAAGUGUGAAGAUCUCGGUUAAUUAGCUGACAGGAUCCGCAGUGUGUGUUUGUGUAGAUCAUGCUGGAGGACUCAAACACACAGCAUCCCUCCAUCAGCGACUGAUAAACGCGCUCGGAUCAUAACUGUUGUUGUCGCUCCAUGCCUGCAGCUUUCCUCUCUUCACUGUCAUGUUUGUGAACGGUCGAUGCUGGUGUUGUUCUGUGUUCAGUGCUGGAGCGCGGUCCUGGGCUUCCUGCUGAGAUCUUCUUCAUCACUUUAAGCGGUCGUCUGAGGAUGUGUCUGCUUUCUUUAUCAUUUUCUGCACUCCAUGGCUGUUUCAGGUAGGAAGUGCGUAGUGGGACGUCACUGAGGAGGGAUGCCUGUUGAAAGUGGAAACAGCGCAGCCGCCCGUCAAGUCAAACAGAAGCGCAAGUCGCACAGUCUCUCCAUUAGGAGGACCAACAGCACCGAGCAGGACAGAGGCAUGCAGAGAGACAUGAUGGAGGGACAGGACUCAAAGUUGCCGAUGGCCUUGAGGAGUAACUUACUGGACCUGUUUGGACAGAUUGAACGGGAGUUUGAAAAUCUCUACAUUGAAAACUUAGAAUUGAGGAGAGAGAUUGAGUCACUAAACGAACGUUUGGCUGGAGAAGGACAGACUGUUGAUGGCGGUGAUCUGACCAAAGGAGCCCUGAAAACAAAAGCAAGUCACAGCACAAGUCAACUUUCCCAAAAGCUGAAGACGACAUACAAGGCCUCCACUAGCAAGCGCUCAAAUUCUUUCCCGGGGAAAGUAGGUGGACCUCGCAACUUCAAUGUGGGGAACUGGGAGUUAUGGGGUGGAGACUCAUGGAUUGUGUCCAGUUUCAAAGCCACCACGUCUCGUGCAGUGUGUCAGCUGGUCAAGGAGUACGUGGGACACCGGGAUGGGAUAUGGGACCUGGCUGUGACCCGGAUUCAGCCGCUGGUUUUAGGCACAGCUUCAGCUGAUCACUGCUCCAUGCUGUGGAGUAUUGAGACUGGGAAGUGCCUGCUAAAAUAUGCCGGCCACGCUGGAUCAGUCAACUCCAUUAAGUUCCACCCGACAGAGCAGAUGGCACUUACAGCGUCCGGGGACCAGACGGCACACAUCUGGCGUUACAUGGUACAGCUGCCGCUUCCCCAGCCCCCAGCAGACAUCAGUGCCUCGCUGGACGAUGACGGGGACUUCUCUGAUAAAGACGAGGCGGACGGCGAGGCAGAGGGCCCCAGUGAAUGCCCCACCAUCCGUGUGGCCACCACCACCUUGAAGAGCCACCAGGGGGUGGUGAUCGCAGCUGAUUGGCUGGUGGGAGGAAAGCAGGUGGUCACUGCGUCCUGGGACAGAGCCGCCAACCUCUAUGAUGUAGAGACCUCUGAGCUGGUGCACACCCUCACAGGUCACGAUCAAGAGCUGACCCACUGCUGUACUCAUCCCACCCAGCGUCUGGUGGUCACCUCAUCCAGGGACACCACCUUCCGCCUGUGGGACUUCAGAGAUCCCUCCAUCCACUCCGUCAACGUCUUCCAGGGCCACACCGACACCGUGACGUCAGCUGUGUUCACUGUGGGAGACAACGUGGUGUCAGGAAGUGACGAUCGCACCGUCAAGGUGUGGGACUUGAAGAACAUGAGAUCUCCAAUUGCUACCAUCCGCACAGACUCCGCCGUUAAUAGGAUAAGUGUCUCAGCGAACCAAAGGAUCAUCGCUCUGCCACAUGACAACAGGCAGGUCAGGCUGUUCGACAUGAACGGAGUCCGUCUGGCCCGUCUCCCUCGGAGCAACAGACAGGGCCAUCGGCGCAUGGUGUGCUGCUCUGCCUGGAACGAGGAGAACCAAGCUUGCAAUCUGUUCACCUGUGGCUUCGACCGCCAGGCCAUCGGCUGGAACAUCAACAUCCCUGCCCUGCUGCAGGAGAAGUGACACACUUCACACGUACACAAGCUUAACACGGCCCAUCCACGCGAUCACAACUGAACACGUUCGUCUGUGCCACACUUGCAGUAGAUUUUAAAGUGCACAUCACAUCGUGUGUGUUAAGACACACGACGUCUACGGACAUUAUCCCAUCACGCCUUCUGACGUGUGUGGAAAACGCAAUUUCAUGGAUAUUCUGCAUAUCGAGGUCAUAUAGUGUGGUGAACUUCCUCCCAGUCUUGUUUUUACAUGUUUGCAUGAAACUUGUGAGUCGUGAAUCCUGCGAGACCGGGACAUUGCCGAAACGUUCGUUCAUUCGGCCUGCCGCUGUUACACGCAAGUCAUUUUUCACUUUAGUGGUAUUUUUGUUGUGCAAUGUUCUUUGUACAGAUUACUUUUUAUUUCACGAUAGCAUUUUAGAUUUUUUUCCCCCACUUAGUUUUGCAUAGAGUUCUGCUUUGCUUUUUAUAGAGAUGAGAUGUGCAAAAGAAACUUAAAGCACUCUGCCUUUGUUAACGAAAAUCGGCAAUCGCAUUUACUGAUCCGCACCUUCUUGAUGUUCUGAUUGCCGUUCAAGCGGCCAAUCAGCUUUUGUCAGUAUUGCUGUAGUCCAUUUGCAUGACAAACCCACCUCUCUUGUCAAAUAUGUGAAGCAAAAAUGCUGUAUAAUUGCUGUGUAUUCUUGUUCACAAUAUGAAAACGACAAAAAAAAAAAAACACGUAUCGACUGUUUAUGAAGCCCUAC